AUGAAUCCGCAGAACGAAAAGCCAUUCUUUUUGAUGUUUACAUCGUCAUCUUGUCCACAUUGUGUUAAUGCAAAGCCAAUUUUCGAAGACGCCGGAAGAGAAUUGAGUGAAUUCGUUGAAUUCAAGGAAAUCAAAUCAAGUGAUGAAGCUGCUCUCGCAAGUAAAUUCAGAGUUCUCUACGUUCCUGCAUUUUUCUUUGUUGAUAAAGGAGAAAUUUCUCAAUACAGCAUGACAUUAACUAAAGAUAGACUUGUUUCUUUUAUUGGCGGUAAGUUAUCUAAAAAUGUCAAAAAAUUACAAAAGAAACUAGAAAAACUAGAAGAUUCAGUAAUAGUUUUCACAAAAAGAUUUACAGCACCAUCUAAUAUAGCAUUUGCUUCAUGCAAAUUGUCGAACAGCAACUUAAAAUUCUACAUGGUUAAUAAACAAAAUUUAGCAAAGGAAUUUCAAGUUGAACAAGUUCCAUCCAUACUUCUUAUUAAAGAUGGCGUAACAACAACAUACACAGGACCAGAAGAUUUCAACAAUUUGUAUAAACAGAUCUGUAAUCAUUUUGGAAUUCAACAAUCCGAAAAGAAUACAGAUCUUUGA